UGUACUCUUUGUGAUCCUUGUUCUGCUUCGUUGAUCUGACUAAAUUUUUAUCUGUGACUGGUUUGCGGCAGUUUUUAAAGCAACGAAKACUGCUUUUUCCAAUGAAGCCAAAGAAUACGARUGGUGAAAGUGUUUUCAAUGCAGAGUAACAUUUCGAGAUGAUAUCUCGAUGGCACAUAGGUGACAUUGUUUCUAGGUAUUGCAUUACAAAGCUUCAUUCCUUCACACACUGAUAUCCUGAACUCAACUUUGAAUCAAGAAACCUGGAAAAGCAUGCAUCUCAAGACUUCAAGCUCAGUGAAUCGAAGACCGGCUAGGGCCAGACCAGUUACUGUGCAUUUUCCAGUGCCGAAAAGAGCGAUUUCAAAGCUCCGGUCCUUGGCCAUUGAGAAAGAUCCUAGACUUGUGGAUUUAGGCGUUUUAGCUGUCCAGAUUUCAGACGACGAGAAUGAGAAUAUUGUUCUUGGAAUUGAUCUUGAAAAACCUAAGGGAAAGGGACUUGUYAUCUCGAAUAAAACUUCUACGUCUACAUUCUCGAAUCCUUCAAGAGGUGCUCUGGGAUUUCAAGCUUUGUCAAGAAACUUUCAAACUCCGACGUCUGGAUUUUAUCCCAAUCAGUUCAUGACAACCGCCGCACCACGGAAUGAACCUCUGGCGUCUAAAAUUAAGAAAUCUGCUCAAAAUACAGUGACAAAGAAAAGAGCAAAGGAGACACUGAAUGCUGCCCGACGUGGUGGAGCCAAGGCUCGAAGCAGAGCUGGGAGGGUUUCAAUACAAUUGCCUCCUGCCUCAGCAAAAACUAGUACUUGGGAAAUGGUCUACAGUCAUAUUGGUGUACCUGGAGAACAAUKGCGCAAGCAGUCUAAUCCUCCUCACUUUGAACCAAGUGUUGCAUCUAAGGCAUGUGGUAUUGCAAAUGUUCCAGUGGCUCAGCCAAUACUGCCAAAAGAGAAUGUCACAAAAGGGGAUUCUAAAAGGAGAGAAACUGCAGCAAAGAGUCCUCCACACAAGUCACCCAGUGCAGCUAGUUCUGCCUUCUAUUCUGAAGAUGAUAGUUCAGUGUCAAGUUCGCCAUGUUCACAUUCACCAAUGAAUGAAGAGGAGCUCCUCAACUUAUUUGUUGAUCAGAACUUCAGCGCAACGUCUAUUUUAAAACAACUUGCUGAGAGCUGCAACAAAGGUGAGAAGAAUUCAGAUGCAGAAAAUAGUGAGCAAAAGGGUUCAGAUCAGAAUACUAGUAUUAAGUGGAACCAAGAAGCACCUGGUCUAUCAAUGACUCCCAUUGUACAACCAGAGAAGUCCAAGACAGAUGCAUCAUUUAAUGGAGUGGAAUCUCACCCCUUUGUAUCAUCACACAUAAGCACAGGAGAGAGUCUAAAUCAKUUAAACAACACAUCUACUAGCACCAAUUCUGCCUCUUCUCAUCCAAACAGUGCAGUACUAAAGAGACCAAAUUUGCUUGAUGACAGCAGCAGCUGUUCAGCAUCAUGGUCUAACUUGUUUGAAAACCCAGCUAAAAGACAAAAGAGAAUUUUUCCAGCAGUUGAUACAAAGAAAGAAACUGUGGAUCCUUCUAUCAAGGCAUUUGAGUUACAUAAAGAACUACAGCCGACUGCUGUAGAAAAACAAACUCAGGAUACUAAAUUACAAACAACUGUUAAUACUAGUAACAACCAACCGUCCUCCAAGACACCAAGCCAGAAUGAGGCACUUAGAAACUACAGUCAAUAUGGAUAUUAUUACACGGCAGAGGAACUCAAGGCUCUUGGUAAAAAAGCACUUCCUUUAAAGUCAACAAGUAAAGGAUCAUUUUCAAAGGCAAAUAAAAACGAAAGUGUGCAACAGAAUAUCAAUACCACCACUUYGUGGAAUGGAGCUGUACUUAGCUCUUCAACAAAUCUACAUUUGCAAACCAAGCCUCAAGAAUUGCUUACACAAGAUAACACUUCCACCAUAUCUUUAUCCAACCAAGGAGAAUCACAGCAACAACAAAGAACCAAAGACUUUUGUAGUCUCACUGCAGCUGUUAAGGGAACUGCUGAAGAAAGCCUCAUCAAUGGCAGCGCAGCAUUAUCAGAAAAUGUCUGUGUAUCUUCAAGCAGUAAAGUAAUUAUCCAGGAAACAGCACCAUUGAUAAGUGUAUCAGCUGGUAAUAGCACAAGUGAAACAAUCUCUUCUCUAUCUAGUGUUUCUUCCACUAAUGCAACUACUACAAAGCCUGAAAGUGUGCAAACUGACGCCAACAGCAUAAACUUGAGAAAAACAGGUGGCCAGUGCUAUGCAUUAAGCUAUGUUUACCCUAUGGGGACUGUUUGGUAUCCUUAUGUAGCUAUUACUCCAUAUGCAGUUCUUGGCAAUGGUCAGAAGACUGAUUCAGAAUGUGAUGGCAAUGAAAAAGAAAAAGCAAAUUCCAUUGAAGGACUUAGUCAGUACAUUGAUUUAGCAAGCUCAAUGAGAUACUGGCAACAAUUAAGUCUUUUGUAUAAGAAUAAACUUCUUGCUUCUACUCCAAGUGUUGCAAAUCUGUUUGUUGGACAAGAUAGAAGUGUCUCUGUGAACUCUUCAGCUUCAUCUUUGAGUGCCGCAUCUGCAUCAGAGUCAACAUUGCAGAAGAAUGCAUCCAUUGCAUCUUCAUCUUCUGUGGCCAAUAAACCUCCCAGGAGAGCCAGUGUUAUAGUUACAACCCCUGAAUACAGCAAAGAAGAAAGACCGCCAUCAUCUUCAACACCUGAAUCAACUGCAAGCACUGAAAGUAUAGCAUCUGAUGGCUCCAAGUCUGAUGUCCCUGUUGUUAUUGACAACUGYAACAGGCUUAUAGAAGAACAUUGUAAUAGGAUGAGUGAGGUACUCUCUAAUACAACACAAGAUGUUGGCUGCAACAGUAGCAGUGAGUCAACAAGUGUUCCUGCUGUACCAUCACUGAGUUUCAUACCUGACAGUUCMAUAGCAUAUGUAAAUAUUGGUAAUAAUAGUACACAGGGGGCAAGGAGAUCAGCUGGCAAUGGAAAGGAGAGUAAAGGAAAAACAAAGAAGAGAAAAUCCAGCAAAAAUGUUUGAUCCUAUACAUAAUGUUAWUCUUUGCUUCUCAACUAGUUAUGAUAUUAUUGUUGUAAUAUUGAGAUAUUUUAGGAGUAUUUAACAAUUAUUAUUACAUGUAUAUUGAUUUUAUUUUUCUAUUUGUACAAUCUCUAUAGUGAUUUAUACAGAAUGAAGUAAUCAGCUUACAAUACAAACAAAAGAUAUUUUAUUAACAGAUUAUGUAGCUUGAUGGAGGAGUGCUCGCACUAAAUGCSUGAAAUAUAAAUACUACAAAAUAGGUGAUAAAUUAUACAAAUUUCUAUGUUUCCUAUUGUAUAAUCAACACUAUUUAGUAGUAAUUAGUACUAUUUGUUUCAYGCUUUAAGUGCGAGCACUCAGUGAGAGCUUGUAGAGCAAAUAUCAGUGAAGCAAAGCAUAAUGUCCAAUGUGUUAUAGUUUAUAUUAUUCAAACCAAUGAGUCAAGUACUAAUUAUAGUACAUUCACGUUUCUUAGUAUCACUUUUGCAAAUCAAUUGCUGAUACUCUACUUUCAUGAUAAUUGUUCCAGUUUUUUUUUCAAGGUUUCAACACUUAACAAARAAAUUAAAGUCUACUCUUUUGAAAUUCCUGUUCCAUCAAAUAAUACUAUCUGAAAAUUGAGAACRAAGAAAGAUAAGUAUAAAGAAGGGCAUACUGUUUUCUUCAAACACUGAAAAGUAGCAAUUGACUACUUUGAAUUCUUAUAUAAAGCUUUACAUAUAUAUUUAGAGUCGUUUUCAAUUGACCAUGUAAGAUUAMUUAGUGACUAAUAGUUGGUACCACAUUCUGAAUCUCUUGUAUCCUUUUUAUUCUUACCAACAAAUACUACCUAAUAGUCAUUUUCAUUGCACGGUCAAAUGAAAACGAAGGUAUAAUGUAGAAUUUUUGUUUAAGAGAUUUUUGGUUUGUAUCGCCAGUAAUAAAAAAGAACCUAAAGAUAUGACAAAUAAUUAGUUAAUUCUAUUUUUAUAGUCUAUUGUUCCUCAUUUUGUACUUAAUACAAGAGUUUAUUAUAAUUGAUAUUCUUAACAUGCUUUGUUUAAAUAUUUUUUAAUAAUAUAGAGUGUAGUUUUGUUGGAAAUGCAAUGUAGUGAAAGAGUUUUGUUAUGUAAAUAAAGCUUUUAUAUUGA